AAAAAAUGAACAAAAUCUUCUCACUCUGCUUACUCGCAUUGUUCUGUGCAGUUCUUUUCUGCGCUUCCACUUCUGAAGCCUUGAGCGUCAUCAAAACCGUUCAAGCAAAGGCUGUCCCUGCCAAUAAACCAAAACAACAAAAAGGAAAGAAAUUUGGUAAACUCUUGAAGAAGGGUGCUUCCAAGAAGCAAAUUAAGAAGGCUGCUAAGAAAGCUAUCAAGAAAUCAAAGAAGGAAUUGAAGAAGGCUACCAAGAAGGUUAAGAAGGCUGCUAAGAAGAAUCUUGCCAAGUGGAGAGCUUUGUGGGCUAAGUAUAAGAGAAUUGCUCAACGUGCUUUGAGAAAGUUUAGAAGAACUCAAAGAAAGUUGAAGAGAGCUCGUAGAUCUGCUUCCAGAAAGACUGUUAGAAAGUUGAAGAAACAAGCCAAGAAGGCCAAGAAGACUGCCAAGAAGGCCCAAAAGAAGGUCAAGAAGGCUUCCAGAAAGGUUAAGAAGGCUAAGAAGCAAGUCAAGAAGGCUGCUAAGAAAGCUGCUAGAAAGCUCCAAAAGAAGGCUGCUAGAAAACUCAAGUUGAGCAAGACUUCUAUCAAGAAACUCAAUGCUACUGUUAAGAAGUUGUUAAAGUUGAAGAAGAAGUUGGGUAAGAAGUUCUCCAGAAAGUCAAUUCCUGCCAAGAUUAAAUUGUUAGCUGCCAAGUUGAGAAUUAUUAAGAAGUGUAAGAUUUCAAAGAAGUCUGCUGCUAAGAAGGCAAAGAAGGUUGCUGGUAAGAAGACUGCCAAGAAGGCCAAGAAGCAAGUUAAGAAGGCAAAGAAGGCUGAAAAGAAGGCUAAGAAGCUCGUCAAGCAAGCUAAGAAGGCUGCUAAGAGUGGAAACAAGAAGGCUGCCAAGAAGAUUGCCAAGAAGGCUAUUGUCAAUGCUAAGAAGUCAAUUGAAGUUGCCAAGAAGUCAGUUACUGUUGCUAAGGUUGCUGUUGAAAAGGCCAAGCAAGUUUUCACUACUAUUGUCAACAAGCUUAAGGAAUUAGUCAAGAAGGCUCAAAUCACCGUUCAAACUGGUAAGACUACUGAAAUCAAGAAGAUUCAAAAGAAGGUUGAAGUUGUUAAGAAGACUGUCAAGAAGGCCAAGAAGAAUGUCAAGAAGGCUCAAAAGAAGGCUAGAAAGGUUGUUAAGAAGGCUAAGAAGGUCAUCAAGAAGGCCAAGAAGGUUCAAAAGCAAGCCAAGAGAGUUCUCAAGAAUAAGGUCACUAAGAAGGGUAUCAAUAGACUUGUUAACAAGUUGAUUAGACUCCAAAAGUGUUCCAAGAAGAACUAAAUUGAUGACUAGUUUUUGUAUAUAAAUCACCUCCAUAUGCUACAGAUGUAUAUUAAUGUGGUAUAACCAAAUAAUAUUGAGUUAUACUUUAUCAACUGUGCAAUAAUUGUGUAUAGUUCCAAUAAUAAUAAAUCAACCUAUUUGU